AUGCACCUGUCUCCCAUCGUGGUCGGCCUGGCCCUCGCGGCCGUCGGCGGCGCCACGCCGUGCCCGCCGCGCGGCAUCAAGCCCAUCAAGCAGAUCGAGCUGGGCCCGCGGCCGUACUUUCUCGUCAACAACAUGACCGACGGCCCGCUCAAGAAGACGCUGCAGCAAUGCACCGAGAAGCCCAUGAAGCCGUCGAGCUGGUCCAUCGGCCACCGCGGCGGCGCGCCGCUGCAGUUCCCCGAGCACUCGCUCGAAUCGAACCUGGCGGGCGCGCGCAUGGGCGCCGGCGUGCUCGAGUGCGACGUCGCCUUCACCAAGGACCGCGAGCUGGUGUGCCGCCACAGCCAGUGCGACCUGCACACGACGACCAACAUCGUCGCCAUCCCCGAGCUCAACGCCAAGUGCACCAAGCCGUUCCAGCCGGCCGCCAACGGCAAGCCCGCGUCGGCCAAGUGCUGCACCAGCGACAUCACGCUCAAGGAGUUCAAGUCGCUGUGCGCCAAGAUGGACGGCGCCAACGCGUCGGCCACGAACCCGCAGGACUACCUCGCCGGCACGCCCAGCUGGCGCACCGACCUGUACGCCACGUGCGGCACCGUCCUCGAGCACAAGGAGCACAUUGCGCUCGUCGAGGCGCUGGGCCUGCGCCACACGCCCGAGCUCAAGGCCCCCGAGGUCAAGAUGCCGUUCCAGGGCGUCUACACGCAGGACAUGUACGCGCAGCAGUUCAUCGACAACUACAAGAAGGCCAAGGUCCCCGCGUCGCGCGUCCUGGCCCAGAGCUUCGAGUACCGCGACGUGCUGUACUGGCUCAAGGCGGAGCCCGCCUUUGGCAAGACGGCCAUCCUGCUCGACGAGUCGGGCGACACGCCCGAGACGUAUCCGCAGGCCAUCAAGAACCUGACGGCGUACCACGCCGCGGGCGUGCGCACCGUCGCGCCGCCGCUGUACUACCUCGUCGAGACCAAGGGCGGCAAGAUUGUGCCCAGCGAGUACGCGCGCCGCGCCAACGAGCUGGGGCUCAAGAUCAUCACCUGGAGCCUCGAGCGCUCGGGGCCGCUCGCCGCCGUGCACAAGAACGGCGACUACUACUACACGUCGAUCCGCGACGUGGUGCGCAACGACGGCGACAUGUACGAGCUGCUCGACGUGCUGUACCGGGGGGCCAAGGUGGCGGGCCUGUUUUCCGACUGGAGCGCGACGGCCACCUUUUACGCCAACUGCUUUGGCGUGGGGCUGUAG